AUGGAACCAGAUUUAUCCCCUGGCGCCAACACGGAUUACGCUCAGAACAGAAUCGAGAUGAAUCAGGACGCGGACCUUGCGAAGAAGUCAGCUGCCUUAAUGUCCAGUAACAUCACAAGCAUGAUUCGGUUGAUUGAAAGCAGCAGCGAGCCAUCGCACGGUCCCGCAGCACACCCGAGGAGACAGCUUCGAGCAUACUUGAAAGAAACAAUGUCCGAGUACCUGGAGGUCAUCAUGGAAUACAAAAAAUCAGAAGUGCGACUCCCCGUGUUAGUUGAGAAGCCGAUGAGAUCAGCAAGAGCUGAACGUGUGCGUAGAACUUCGAGGAAAAGAGAGAGAGGCGCAGACUCGAAGAAUACCACCAUCGUACAUUUAGGAACUUCAACCACUCCCAUCCCAAAGCCAGUCAACAUACCCAAGGACACCAGCGACGUUCACUUUCUCAUGUAG